AUGGCUUCGUCGUUACCUUUUUCAAUCGACAAUAUUCUUAGUAAAGAAAAAUUAUUCUAUAAAAAAUUUUGCAUCAAAAAAUGGACAUUUUCAGAUUCUUUGCUAAAAGAAAACAAAUCUGAAUAUAAAUUUGAAAGUCGCUGUUAUCCAAAUGGCAAGCAUAAAAAUUUCCAGUGCAAAGAAUGUGGUAAAAUAUUCAAUGCGCAUUAUAAUUUAACCAGGCAUAUGCCUAUACAUACGGGAAUACGACCAUUUUUGUGCAAGAUAUGUGGUAAAGCAUUUCGACAAGCUUCAACGUUAUGUCGGCAUAAAAUAAUCCAUACUGAGCAAAAACCACAUGUUUGUUCAACAUGUGGUAAAUGUUUCAACCGUUCUUCAACUUUGAAUACUCAUAUUCGUAUACAUUUAGGUUAUAAAAGAUAUAUAUGUGAAUAUUGCGGCAAAGGAUUUCAUCAAAAUGGAAAUUAUAAAAAUCAUAAAUUAACACAUAGCAAUGAUAAACGAUACAAAUGUAAUAUAUGCGAAAAAGCAUUUCAUCAAAUAUACAAUUUAACAUUUCAUAUGAAUAUACAUCAAGAUAUUAAACCAUAUUUAUGUAAUUACUGUAAUAAAGGUUUUUGUAGAAAUUUCGAUUUAAAGAAACACAUUAGGAAAAUUCAUGAAAAUUUAUAA